AUGACUACUUCGAUUAUUCAACGCAGCAGGUUCAGUAACUCUGUUUGCAAUGUAGGGAGACGCUUGAACAAUGCUGGUAUUCAUGGGAGACGUUCAGCCAUAAAGACGCUUAUCAUUCUGAAAAAUAGUGGAGCUAGAGCGGAGUUCGCGCCGUCACUUCAACUAACUUUAACUUUUUGUAGUAGAGUUCCUGUUACAGACGAGAGCAAAUUCUUUUAG